AUGAGAUUACAACUCAGCAUCUAUGUCACAGUGCUACUUGGAACCGGGACUUUCGCAAACCCUAACAAAAACACUGGUUCAGGUGUCAAAUCAUGUGCCUCCUUGAGCGUACCGAAUAUCCCAGGGGCUACAGUCAUCUCGCUCAAAGCACGGGAGCUGCGAAACUACACAGUAUCUGCCGCCCCAUUACUACUAUCAAGCGACAUCUCGGGAAUCAACGUCUGCGACGUGGAUAUUGUACUUGCUCAUCCGAAUGCACAAGACCAAGUCAACAUCAAGAUGUGGCUGCCCUUGGACGGCUGGAAUGGCCGAUUCCUCGGCACGGGUGGGAGCGGAUAUGCUGCUGGUUUAUUCGAGUACAGCCUUGCCCCUGCAUUGGCCUUGGGAUACGCUUCCGCAUCCACUGACGCCGGUCUUUCUGGGGACCCCUAUAGUCCGGCUCUGUGGGCACUGAAAGCGGACGGCCAGGUCAACUUUGAGCUCCUCACGAACUUCGCCUCACGCUCAGUUCAUGACAUGGCGGUGGUGGGCAAACAGAUCGCCACUCAGUUCUAUGGCACUAAGCCCCAUCACUCUUAUUGGAAUGGUUGUUCGACCGGUGGUAGACAAGGCCUCAUUUCAGCACAGAAGUAUCCCGCCGAUUUUGACGGGAUUGUUGCUGGUGCUCCGGCCAUUGACUGGGCACGGUAUGUGGUGGCAGAACAGUGGCCCCAAGUUGUCAUGAAGGAGCAGCAGACCUAUGUCAGCCCAUGUGUACUGAAGGCCUUCACACAGAGCGCCAUAUCAGCCUGUGACUCUCUGGAUGAGGUCAAGGACAACGUUAUUACCGAUCCGACGAAGUGCAAUUUCAGCCCGUACAGCCUCGUCGGAACGAAGAUUGUCUGCGAUGGCAGCAGUGUCAACUUUACAACCCAAAUCGCCAAAGCAAUCCAUGACAUUCUCGAAGGGCCAUUUCCCAAUGACCCAUCACGGAGCUAUACAUUGAACCUAGGUGCUCCUUUAGACUCCCUUGCCAACACUACACUUGUCAACGGUACCCAAGUGGGGCUGCCUUUUUUCGUCAACGAUGCCUGGCUCAAGUACUUUGUGGUUAAGGACCCUGAGUUUGAUACCACGACUAUCGGCUACUCUGAUUUCAAAAAGUUGUUCUCUCAAUCUCAAAAAGAGUAUGGAGCGAUCAUAGCAUCCGACGAUCCAAACUUCUCGCGUUUUCGCACUCAUGGAGGGAAACUGAUAGUGUGGCAUGGCCUCUCCGAUCAAUUGAUAUUCCCCUCAGAUACUGUCAACUACCAUCGUCGAGUUGAAUCUGCUUUGAGGGAUCGCUCUUCCAUGGACCAAUUCUACCGAACGUUUCUGGCUCCGGGGGUUGACCAUUGUGGUUUGGGUACAACCCAAGGAGCUGUGCCGGUUGAUCCACUCUCUUCAUUGGUGGCGUGGGUGGAAGAGAAGAAAGCCCCUGAAAUACUCGAAGCUCGCACCCUGAAUGCCUCUGGAGCGACAAUAACUCGCAGCAUCUGCAAGUACCCUCUCAAAUCUCAGUACACUGGACACGGAGAUAAGAAUUUAGCCGCAAACUAUGUUUGUGUGUGA